UAAGAUUUGAAUUUUAAAAAUCAGUUGACAAAAAAUAUGUUUUUUUAAGAUUUCUAAAGGCUUAUAAGCCAAAGAAUUGCACCAUAUUAUGAAACAAGAAAUGCUAAGAAACUUGCAAUAAACACCUAACGUGCAAGAAAGCAUGCAGAAGUGAAUUAAAAAAGAAAGAGUAAUAACGGAUGUUUAAAAUUCAAAAUUCGAAAAAACUCAUCAGCGCUCACUAGUUAUUUCAUCUCGGAAAAUAUUCAUAACAUUGGCGAUUAAUGAAAAUUGAAUUUUAAUUCCAUUGAAGUGUUUAAUUAUAGUCAAAAGUGUUUUAAUCUGUUAAUAAGUGAUCAAAGAAGUGGAAGAAGAGCUGAAGUUAUAUAGAGUGGAAGAUUUACAUCCCUAAAAGCAUCAGAAGAAGGAAUUGGAAAUAAAUAAAAUAUACUUAAAUUGAGAAUAGAAAUGACGGAUAGUAACAAUUUUCACCUGCCUCGCGUGAUGAUGCAGAAGAAUUCAUCGGAACAAGAGAUUGCAGAUCAAAAUAAUCAUAAUGAUCAGCCAAAUCCGCAGAUAGUUUUACACUACCAAACUGUAGAGACAGACGAUAUGGAUGAACAAAUUGUUGAGGAUCAUUUGAUUGAGGAAGUGGAGGCAUAUGACGAGGAAUGUCUCGAUGAUAGCAAUAUUAUGAGUGAAGUUAUUGAUGCGGAAAGCGCGGAUAUCCAGACAAUGACAAUAGCCACGACAAUUCCAGACGAUGGACCGCCGUCCACAAUUAUUCAUAAACCUGGUAUUAAGAAAUACUUACCGUCAGCAAUUGGUCAUCAAACUUCCACAGGAGUUAGAACACCAAAAACGGCAUUCAUUAAUAACAAUAGCUUUGGUAAAAGUAAUAAUUCAAGUCAACAAUAUCAAUCGUUUAUUGGGCGUCUUGUAUCAAAAGACAACAUCUUAUUAAUCAGUCAAAAUGUCAUUGAAAUUGGCCGCAAUUCAUCGAAAUCAUCGGUCGACUUUCAUGUUGGCAAAAAUAGUUUCGUAUCACGUAAACAUUUAAUCUUGCAUUACGAUGGACACGAAUUCAAUUUGGUCUGUGCUAGUAAAAACGGUGUCUUUAUCGACGAUCAGUUUAUUCGGAAGAGCACCGAGCCUACUCGAUUGCCUAGCUCAUGCACAUUGCGUUUCCCAAGUACAAAUAUUCGAAUACAAUUUGAGAAUUUGGUUGAUCAAAGUCGUAAACAUGAUACAACUGGAAAGUCUACAUCUGUUGAGAAUACAAACACCGUAUAUCGUCCAUUGAAAAUUUCAAUACCUGAACAAGAAGCAGCACUAAAGAACAUAAAGAGUCCAUUUCCAUCACCAACAGGUACAAUGUCAGCAGCAAAUUCAUGUCCUACAAGUCCACGUCAUAACUACCAUGAUGUAUAUUCGCAACAUAAUAAUGGAAGUCACAACUUUAAUGAGGAAUUUACUGCGCCUUCAACAUCAGGAGAGUAUGAGAAACCACCAUAUAGUUAUGCUCAGCUGAUCGUACAAUCAAUCACAGCGGCACCGGACAAGCAAUUGACACUGUCAGGCAUCUACUCAUAUAUUUCUAAGAAUUAUCCGUAUUAUCGUACUGGAGCUAACAAAGGAUGGCAGAAUAGUAUUCGUCACAAUCUCAGUCUAAACCGUUACUUCAUCAAAGUGCCACGCUCACAGGACGAGCCAGGCAAAGGAAGUUUUUGGCGAAUUGAUCCAAUGAGUGAGAGUAAACUGAUUGAUCAGAGUUUUCGUAAGCGACGACAGAGAGGUAAUCAAAACUUUAGAGCACCUUUUGGUAUGCCAAGAUCAGCUCCAGUUUCACCGAGUCUCAUAGAUAAUUCUCAAGAUAAUUCCCCGCAAGAGUUAAAUGACGUUGUCCUUCAAUCCGCACCACAAUCACCAGGCUCAAAUAAUUAUUCUGGUAGUGAACGAAAUCAAUCAUACAACAGUCAAUAUGCCUCAUUUGUCAGUCCUCAGAAUUCAAACAAUAAUAGUCUCAAACGUGAACGUGAGGUGGAUUACGAGGAAGCAUACGAAUAUUCUGACGAAGAAGAGUUUGAAGCUAAGAGAUUGAAGGAAGUUUAAGUUUUUUUGGUCAUCAAAGAUGUUUGCAAUAAUAUUAAUCAACACAGACAGACACACAUAAACACAUAUACAUACACACAAUGAAGGAGAAUAUUUGUAAGGAAAACAAGCAAGCAGUACCACCAGCAUUGGAUGAUGGCUCAUAAAGCGCAUUGAAUUUUGAAAAAAAAACACAAACAAAAGAAAAUUAAUGAAAAAUCUAAAAAAAAUUGUUGAUAAUCGUCGUCGUCGUGGUAAUGUUGAAAUGCAUAUUUCAUAGAAAAUGAAGAGAAAAUAAAAAAAAAUAAAAAUUUAAUUGAUAAGAAUUUCUAGGAUUCCAAAAAAACUAAAAAGAAGAGAAAAAAAAAUUACAAAAGUCCUCGUGUUAUUGAUCGAGAACUUCAGCGCAUUUUUGACGCAGCGAUCAGUAUUUGAUUAUCAAAUUAUUUUGCGUUCAUUAAUUAUAGUAUAAAUACACUGUUUCAAGACUUUUAUCUAUUCGAUGGGCCGAUAAAUCAAUAGUAACGGAGGUAAUAAAACAAGCCUGAGCUCCCUACGAUGUCUGGUUAAAAAGUUUUUCUUCAACCAAACGAACGAACGAACAUUUUGGAUUAUUAAGCUCCCUUUUUGUACACAAGUUUGCAAAAAUGCGCUAAAAGUGGAAGUGAUUAGUGAGGAAAAUUUUACAAUUUUUAAAUUAAGAAGCAGGAAAAACUUGGAAAACUGAA